UCUGCACAGACCCUCCAGCCUUAGUGGCAGCUGCUCUUCCAGGCUCCAGUGCUCCACGGUCUUGUCUCUGCUAGACCAGUAGACAUCAACUGGCAUUUGGUUACAGUGCCAAGUUAGCCCUGAUUUUGCCAAGGGGAGUUUCUGUAAGGGGCCAGAGCGGCACCCCAGGAGUCUGCUGGGACUGUGUCCUCAUGUCUUUCAUCAGGAGUCAUCCUGAGCUCGGCUGCCUGUGCUGCAGAAAACCUGUGUGCUGUGGCUCUGGUUGCUAGGAAUGAGUGUUUUAGAGUUGCUUAAAAAAUCACGAGCAACAGAAUCGACAGAAGCAGAUUUAAUAUAAAAGUGAAAGCACAACAGAGUUUGUUGGCAAGGUUCAUUCUAGUGCUGACACUAGGUGGUUAAAGCAUAGAGAGAAAGCAGACUACAAUCAAUCUAAAACCAAUAUCAACCCAAAAGUUACCUAUAUGGAGGCUGGGGGUGAGGGGGAUAAGGGUAGGUUGAGUCACAAGAUUCAGACCUCUUACCUCUGUUGCAAUUACCUCAGAAGGCAAGGGUAACCCAGGUUCUUGUUAAUAGAUCCCUUGGGUGAUCUUAAUGAUGUUUUAAGCCAUUAACCAUUUUCAUUUCUCACAACCCCCUUGUUCAGCUGGGCCCUGGACACGACCAACGGUUUAGGCCUAACCUUUUCGUAUAUACUACUGUGGGGGAGAGGUGAGUAAAAAUUUGAUGAUCUCAGAAAUUAAAUAUUAGUUACUACACUGCAGAAAUAUUAUUGUAAAACGAAUCAUUCAAGGUUGAUGACACCCGGGUGAAUUUUAAAUCCCUAGCAGGCUCUGAUACGGGUUUUUUUAACUCGCUAAGUGUUCAGCCUUUAGAAUUAAAAUUUCUUGGCACCCCCGAGGGGCGGGGGCUGAGUCACGUGAUACCCGGGCCGGGUCACGUGAGUGGGGGCCGGGACAGGCCCCAACAUGGCUGCGUACCUGCAGUGGCGCCGCUUCGUCUUCUUCGACAGAGAGACGGUGAAGGAGCCGCCAGGCCCGGAUGGGGCCGGUGCGAAGCCCUUUACGCUGCCCCCGGGCAUCGCGGUUUGCGACUCGGGCCGGGGCAGCCUCGUGUUCGGGGAUAUGGAAGGUCAGAUUUGGUUUUUGCCUCGCUCCCUUCAACUCAGUAGUUUCCAGGCUUACAAGCUGAGGGUAACUCAUCUGUACCAGCUGAAGCAGCACAGUAUAUUGGUUUCUGUUGGAGAGGAUGAAGAGGGUAUUAACCCCUUGGUGAAAGUCUGGAACCUGGAGAAGCGAGAUGGUGGCAAUCCUCUGUGCACACGAAUUUUUCCAGCAAUACCAGGUAACAAGCCCACGGUUGUAUCCUGCCUAACUGUCCACGAGAAUCUUAAUUUCAUGGCUAUUGGUUUUGCAGAUGGGAGUGUUGUUCUUACAAAAGGAGACAUCACUCGAGACCGGCAUAGCAAGACCCAGAUCCUACACGAAGGGAGUUACCCAGUUACUGGCCUUGCUUUCCGACAGUCUGGCAAAACUACACAUCUAUUUGUGGUGACCACAGAGAACAUCCAGUCUUAUAUGCUUUCAGUGAAAGACUAUCCUCACCUGGAGCUGGACACUCACGGUUGUGGAUUACGCUGUUCAUCUCUCAGUGACCCCUCCCAGGAUCUUCAGUUCAUUGUGGCAGGAAAUGAAUGUGUGUACCUUUAUCAGCCAGAUGAACGUGGCCCUUGCUUUGCCUUUGAGGGACAAAAGCUGAUCGUUCACUGGUACCGGGGGUACCUCAUCAUCGUCUCCAAGGACCGAAAGACUUCGCCAAAGUCAGAGUUUACUGGGAAUGAGGCACAGAAUUCAGACAAACAAGUCCUGAAUAUAUAUGACUUGUGCAACAAAUUCAUUGCAUACAGCUCAGUCUUCGAUGAUAUAGUGGACGUCUUGGCAGAGUGGGGUUCUCUGUAUGUACUGACCAGAGAUGGGAAGAUCCAUGUACUACAGGAGAAGGAUACACAAACCAAACUCGAGAUGCUAUUCAGAAAGAACUUAUUUGAGAUGGCCAUUAACCUGGCCAAGAGCCACCACUUGGACAGCGAUGGUUUGUCAGAGAUUUUCCGGCAGUAUGGGGAUCAUCUCUACAACAAGGGGAACCAUGACGGGGCCAUCCAGCAGUACAUCCGAACUAUAGGGAAGCUGGAACCAUCGUAUGUUAUUAGAAAAUUCCUGGAUGCUCAGCGUAUUCACAACCUCACUGCUUAUCUACAGACGCUCCACCUGCAAUCCCUGGCCAAUGCAGAUCAUACUACACUUUUGCUGAAUUGCUAUACCAAACUCAAAGACAGCUCCAAACUGGAAGAAUUCAUUAAGACGAGUGACAGCGAGGUCCGCUUUGAUGUGGAAACGGCCAUCAAGGUGCUCCGCCAAGCAGGUUACUACUCCCACGCUGUGUACCUGGCAGAGAAGCACGAGCAUCAUGAAUGGUAUCUCAAAAUCCAGUUAGAGGACAUCAAGAACUACCAAGAGGCUUUGCACUACAUUGGAAAGCUGCCCUUUGAACAGGCAGAGAGUAACAUGAAGCGCUAUGGUAAAAUCCUAAUGCACCAUGUCCCUAACGAGACCACAGAAUUGCUGAAGAUCCUUUGCACUGAUUACCGGCCCUCGGGAGACAGUGAAGGCCAUGGGAUGCUGGAAGGAAAAAAGGCUAAUUCAGAGGAGUUCAUCCCAGUCUUUGCAAACAACUCCCGGGAACUGAAGGCUUUUCUGGAGCACAUGACUGAGGUUCAAGCUGACUCUCCACAGGGUGUCUAUGACACUUUACUGGAGCUUCGACUCCAAAACUGGGCACAUGAACAAGAUGAGCAGACCAAGGAGAAGCUGCACAACGAAUCCCUCACCCUCCUGAAGAGUGGAAGGUUCAAAACAGUCUUUGAUAAGGCCUUGGUCUUAUGUCAGAUGCACAAUUUCAAGGAUGGUGUCCUCUACCUCUAUGAGCAGGGCAAACUUUUCCAACAGAUCAUGCACUACCACAUGCAGAACGAGCAGUACAAGAAGGUGAUCGAGGUGUGUGAGUUGUAUGGAGACCAGGAAGCUUGUCUCUGGGAACAGGCUCUUGGCUACUUUGCACGGAAGGAGGAGGACUGUAAGGAGUACGUUGCUGCAGUACUGAAACACAUCGAGAACAAGAAUCUUAUGCCUCCACUGCUUGUUGUGCAGACGCUGGCUCAUAACUCCACAGCCACCCUAUCUGUGAUUAAGGAUUAUCUUGUCAACAAGCUACAGAAGCAGAGUCGCCAGAUAGAGCAGGAUGAGCAGAGAAUUCAAAAAUACCGAGAAGAAACUACAAGGAUCCGACAGGAGAUUGAAGAGCUAAAAGCAAGUCCCAAGAUCUUUCAAAAGACCAAGUGUAGCAUUUGCACCAGUGCACUGGAGCUGCCUUCAGUCCACUUCCUGUGCGGUCAUUCCUUCCACCAGCACUGCUUUGAAAGCUACUCUGAGAGUGAUUCAGAAUGUCCUACUUGCAUGCCAGAAAAUCGCAAAGUCAUGGACAUGAUCCGAGCCCAGGAGCAGAAGAGAGAUCUGCACGACCAGUUUCAGCAUCAGCUCAAAUGUUCCAACGAUGGCUUCUCUGUUGUUGCUGAUUACUUCGGUCGCGGCGUCUUCAAUAAGCUCACACUCAUCACGGACUUGCCCUCGGGAAAGGCGGCAACGACGCUCGAGGCUGGCCUGCAGCGGGAGCUGCUCAUCCACACCAAGCGCAGCACCUGACCCCGGGCCCUGUCCAAGCGCCCCCUCGGUUGUACGGAGUCCCGCGCUGUGUCCUCAAUAAAUCAGACCCCCUGGCUCUAAUAAA